AUGGUUUGCCAACCUGUCAAAGCUUAUUUGUCCAACCGAACAGUCAAAGCGAGUAGUGUGGCAUCCGGAGCCAAGACGGAUCUCGGGUCUGCCAUCAGGGACCACGACAGGAAGACUCUGUUUGUAGAUCUAUCAGCUUCAUGGCUAUUGUGGAUCACCCAGGAAAUAAAGUUCAGCGUACUCACAACUUCUAGCUGGCUGGCUGCUAAAGUCAGCAGUUCUUCAAGCUUCACCGGUCUUCCUGGAUGA